AUGGAUAACACAGAUUUAAAAAAUUUAAUUGAUGAUUUAGUAUUUAAUCAAAAUUUUCUUAAUUAUUAUGAUUUAAAAGCAUAUCUCCAAAAACAUAAUAAUAAUAUAACGGGUGAUGAUAUGGAAUAUUAUUAUCCAUAUUAUAAAAAUGAAAUUUUGAAAUAUCAUGAUAAAAUAAUUUCUAAAAUUAAAGACAAAAUUAAAAAUAAUGAAUAUUCAAAGGGAAAAACUAAAUCACAACUUAAACAAUUGAAAGAUUUCAAAAAUAAAGUAUUAACAGAAGAAGAUAUUGAUGAAUUAUAUAAUUUAUAUAAUCCUGAGCCGCAAAAAACAAAGGAACAACAGCUAAAGGAACAAAACACCCAGGUCCUUCAGACCAUAAAUGAUGCACAAGCUUUAAUUUAUGAUUCAUUAGUUAAACCAUAUUCAGCCCGACUUUUAAAUGAAGAUCAACUUUUGGAAUUCAUCCUUCAACAUAAACUCGAAGCGGGAAAGUAUAUCAAACCUUUAUAUACAGCAUAUUUAAAACAAAUGAAUAGAAUACAUCCAGAAUUAAUGAAGGGGGGAAUGAAAGCCAAAAUCAAAGCAGAUAAAAUUAAACCACUUGCAACACCAAAACCUCCAACGACAGUACCACCUCCUCCUUCAGUUAAUCCUUCAUCAUUCACUUUAUUAUAUCCAUUUCAAACAUUAA